UGCUGGGCAGGGCCAGCUGUUAAUCCUGCUAGACCGCCAUCUGGGGCGGGGUGAGGGGGGUUGGGGGGUGACAAGGGACAUAUAGGUGGCGGCUGCUGGUGAGAAAUACCUAGUAUAGGUGAAAGGGUGGCGGCCAGAGGGAGUUCCCGCCGGUUGAAUUCUUAAAGUCAUGAAGACUCAAGAAAAAUAACAAGGAGUGGCCGAUUCGAGUCUUUUGGACUUGCCCAGAGCUCCACCCUCGGCCAGAGGAAAAGCCCCUGGGGACCCAGGCGGGAGCAUCAGACAAGCGCGAGAAAAGCGUCUGUGCGCGCGCUCCACCUCUGCGCAGCGGGUGCGGGGCGGUGACCUGUCCCUUGAGCUGGCCAUGGCGGCUGUGGGAUCUACGCGCUCCGGGAGCCCUGCCUUUGGCUUGGGACACCUGUUGACCCUUACGAUCCUUGCACUUGCCUCUGAUGCCUGUAAAGAAGUCGUCCUCCAGGUCCCCUCUGAACUACCUGCCGAGAAAUUUGUUGGCAGAGUGAACCUGAUGGACUGCCUUAAAUCAGCAGACAUAGUUCAUCUGAGUGAUCCUGACUUCCAAGUCUUAGAAGAUGGUUCUGUGUACACAACCAAUUCUGUUGUUUUGUCCUCGGGGCAAAGAAGCUUUACUAUAUGGCUUUUCAGCACAGACAGCCAAGAAGAAAGGGAGAUAUCUGUCCAUUUAGAGGGCCCCUUAGAGGUACUAAAUAAAAGACCACAUACAGAGAAGGUUCUCAGCCGUGCCAAGAGAAGAUGGGCUCCUAUCCCUUGUUCCAUGCUAGAGAAUUCAUUGGGUCCCUUCCCACUUUUCCUUCAACAGAUCCAGUCUGACACAGAUCAAAACUAUACCAUAUACUACUCCAUCAGAGGCCCAGGAGUUGAUAAAGAGCCUCUAAACUUAUUUUAUGUGGAAAGAGAUACUGGAAACCUGUAUUGCACUGGUCGUGUAGAUCGUGAGCAGUAUGAGUCCUUUGAGCUGACCGCAUUCGCAACAACUCCAGAUGGGUAUACGCCAGAGUACCCACUGCCGCUUCUCAUUAAAAUAGAAGACGAGAAUGAUAAUUACCCGAUCUUUACACAGAAACUGUACAGCUUCACAGUUCAGGAAAAUAGUCGCAUUGGGUCUACUGUGGGGGAGGUCUGUGCAACCGACCUGGAUGAGCCGGACACAAUGCACACUCGCCUGAGGUACUCCAUCCUGGAGCAGUCGCCUUCUCCACCCAUGUUAUUUACUAUGCAUCCCAGUACUGGUGUGAUCACUACCACGUCGGCUCAGCUGGACAGAGAGUUAAUUGACAAGUACCAGUUGCUAAUAAAAGUCCAGGAUAUGGAUGGCCAGUAUUUUGGUUUGCACACAACAGCAAAGUGCAUCAUUACUAUUGAAGAUGUGAAUGACAACCUGCCCACAUUCACUCGCACUACAUAUGUGACAUCAGUAGAAGAAAAUACAGUUAAUGUGGAAAUCUUGCGACUUACUGUUCAGGAUAAAGAUUUAGUUAACUCACCUAAUUGGAGAGCUAAUUACACCAUUUUUAAGGGCAAUGAAUAUGGAAAUUUUAAAAUCGUAACAGAUCCUAAAACCAAUGAAGGCAUUCUGUGUGUGAUUAAGCCUCUGGACUAUGAAGAACGGCAACAGGUGACCCUGCAAAUUGGCGUAGUUAAUGAAGCUCCAUACACUAGAGAGGCUAGCUCAAAGUCACCCAUGAGCACAGCCACAGUGACUGUCACCGUGACAAAUCAGGAUGAGGGUCCCGAGUGUAUCCCUCCAAUGCAAACUGUGAGGAUUCGAGAAAAUGUACUAGUUGGGACUAGAAAUGAUGGAUAUAAGGCAUAUGACCCAGAGACCAGAAGCAGCAAUGGCAUAAGGUACAGGAAGUUAAGUGACCCAAGAGGGUGGGUCACUGUUAAUGAAGAUUCAGGAUCGAUCACCAUUUUCCGAGCAUUGGAUCGAGAGGCUGAGACCGUCAGAAAUGGCAUCUACAAUAUUACAGUCCUUGCAUUAGAUGCAGAUGGGAGAAGCUGUACUGGAACUCUGGGAAUCAUACUUGAAGAUGUGAAUGAUAAUGGCCCAUUCAUACCCAAGCAGACAGUGGUGAUAUGCAAGGCUACCACGUCCUCUGCUGAAAUUGUUGCAGUUGAUCUCGAUGAGCCAGUGAAUGGCCCACCAUUUGAUUUCAGUUUGGAGAGCUCUGAUUCGGAAGUUCAGAGGAUGUGGAGGCUAACAAGAAUCAAUGACACAGCAGCUCGUCUUUCCUAUCAGAAUGACCCUUCAUUUGGAUCCUAUGCAGUUCCCAUUCGAGUUACAGACAGACUUGGUCUGUCCUCACUAACCACAUUGAAUGUCAUUGUAUGUGACUGCAUUACUGAAAGUGACUGCACCCUCCGCUCUGGAGAAAGGACUGGCUAUGCUGAAGUGAGACUUGGACCAUGGGCUAUCCUUGCUAUACUGUUGGGCAUAGCCUUGCUAUUUUGUAUCCUGUUUACAUUAGUCUGUAGUGUUUCCCGGGCAUCAAAACAACAGAAAAUUCUUCCCGAUGACUUAGCUCAACAGAACCUAAUUGUAUCAAACACCGAGGCUCCUGGAGAUGACAAAGUCUAUUCCACAAACGGCUUGACAACUCAAACUAUGGGAGCUUCUGGGCAGACAGGUUUCACCACCAUGGGAACUGGAGUCAAAAGUGGAGGGCAAGAGACCAUUGAGAUGGUAAAAGGAGGACAGCAGACUUUGGACUCACGCAGAGGGGCUGGCUAUCAUCACCAUACCCUGGAUACUUGCAGGGGAGGACAUGUGGAGGUGGACAACUACAGACACACUUACUCAGAGUGGUACAAUUUCAUUCAGCCCCGACUUGGUGAUGAAACCAUUAGAGGACACACUCUGAUUAAAAAUUAAACAAUGAAAGAAGGUACAGUUUUGCCAUUCGGAUGACAACCAGAAGCUUGCUCAAGACUACGUCCUCACAUACAACUAUGAGGGAAAAGGCUCAGCCGCUGGCUCUGUGGGUUGCUGUAGUGACCUACAGGAAGAAGACGGGCUUGAGUUUUUGGACCAUCUGGAGCCCAAAUUUAGGACAUUAGCAGAAGUAUGUGCAAAGAGGUGAACGACUUCUAAUAGGAAAACGAAAACUAAUAGAUUCACUGCCUUGCCCUCCCUGCUUUUCACUGUAAACCAGGAGUUUUCAAAAAACAGAAGAUGUUAUAUUGGGGGCUCCCUCCCCCAUCUCGGUCUGCAGAAUCUCCAUGAAAAUGCACAUUUACAGAGAAACUUUGUAAUUAGUACUUGAAAACCAUUAUGCAUGGAUUUCAAUUACUUCUUUUUUACCAGAUGACAUCUUAGGUGGAAACUUGAGAAAAUAUGCAUUGUUUACAUUGGGUAUAAUGACAGCAGCCAACUUAUAGUGCAAUAAAGUUGAAUGGAUUUGAGACUAUUUAUAGACUAUUGACUAUAACCCAAUUGGAGACUGUAGACACAAUUAUCUCCAGUUAAUGGAUUAACUGGUUGUUCAUAUGGUGCUUGGAAACAGUUGCUUUCCUAAACAUUCUAAACUGUAUAUGCUGUGCCUUGCUUUAGUUAUAUUCUUGUAAUAUGGCCUGGCUUCAUAGUACAAAGGUAGAUUGCCAGGCAGCAUUUGAGUGUGCUUGAAAUUCUAAUCCAGUGGGUGUUAGCUUCUGUUCUGUGUAAAAUCCUGCACUGAAUCACAAUCUCUUUUGUACCAACUUUGUCAGUUAAAUUUAGAUUUCAAAACUUCUUUAUAAUGUGUUCUGUUUUUCUAAAUGUUUUUGUCUGUGAACACCAAAUGCUCUAAACUCCUAUCCUCUCUAUUUUAAUUUUUUUUUUCAUUUUCUCUCCUGUUUGACUUUGAAAGGUCUACUUCCAAGAUAUCCCUAAAAGUUAUCUUUUCUCAUAAAAUAGUUGGUGUGUAUGCAUAUCAUUGUUGGUUUUCUUAAGCUCAAUGUAAUAGCAACAUUAUUGUUUUGGAUUUUUUGGUAAUUAUUGCUUCAUUUUUGUCCUUAGUAAAGAACUUUUAAUUUUCCCAGUGAAACUAUGGGACUCUUUCAUGAUCUUUUUGAAGCAAUGUUCUUUGUGACAGAAGCAAUAGUGUAUGUAGAAGUAGGUUGUGGCAAUCUAAUAUAGAAUAGCAUAGUUACAAUUUCCAUCUUUAAUUCAAGGACACUGGAAGUGGGAAGUAGUGAUAGAGUUUAGACUCAGCGUCUCAGCAUAAUAAUCUCAAACAAUCUCUAGGAUAAUGCCUUCUCCAGUGUUUUAGAUGAUAUAGCUAGUUAUAAUUACAUGGUUGUAAAAUUAGUUUUAGAAACAGUUUGUAAUUAUAGUUAUUUUAUGAAAUAUAGGAAAUGAGCCAAGCAAUUUAAAUUUUUUUAGAAAUUUACACACAAGUAAACUUCAUAGCUAGCCAAGUUCCAGAUCACAGGACACACUCCCUUCAGUCAGUGAGCUCAGCACUUACCCUCGAUGGAUGCAUAUUCUAGGUUGGAUAUUCUUGGUGCAAUAUGGAUAUAUGUGAUUGUUCACUGUGUGUCUGUCUUGAAUUUAUCAAGUUGGCUUAUAACAAUUGUUUUCAGAACAAACAUUGGGAAAAAUUUUAAACAUGAACUAUGUAUGCAGUGAGGUCAUUGUUAUUUAGUGAAAAAUAUUUCUCAGAGUUAUUUUUAAUAAAUUAUAUAUAAAAUGGUUGUGUGCAGGUGGUGAAGAUAAUACGAACUAAGCUACUUUAAGCAACUGGUGUGGGUUGGUUACUUGGGUCUGAUGUGUGUGAAAGUGGUUUUAAUGGGGAGAGCCAGCUUCCUUUUCCCAGCUUCUGUUCAGGGAUUAUGGAUUAUCUGGAUCCACAGACAUACAUGCAGCAUUAUUAUCAGUACACUGGGUAUUAUUCCUGUGUUGUGGGCAUUAGCGAUUUUGCAUUUUCUCUAUUGUUAUCAUCUUAAGGUAGAAUAUAACUUUAGCAUUCUUAUCCUAUAUGUUUAAAAGACACUUGAAUUAAAACAAAAUAAUGUG